CUUGUUUUCAAGAUUUGCAGCUCAUAUUUUGUUACAAAGCCUAAAGCAUUAUGAGGCAAACUUUCCAAAAAUACAAAACACUCAAGUCUAAUGAGAGAAAGUGAACACGAUGGAGGUGUGCUACUUUGGAAAUCAGGCCAUUGUAUGGUCUUUUUUUUGCUCCUUCUACCCCUAUGUUACAUAAAAACAGUUUCUAAUAGAUCGUGAGUGACUUCCUAGUAGAUGUGAAUUAAGGAGUUAUUUUAAUUUUCAGCGCAGGGAAGAAGGAUAAGAGGAGGAGUAAUUAAAUUGAAAGCUAAAUUAAAGGACGGGGUCCUGAGUGCAUUUUAGUCAUUAUUUAAACUAACAAGAGUAGGAACAUCUUGCGUGAUUUGGCACUAAGCGUUCACUGUGGUCUGUCACACCCCUUUUUUAAUAUGCAAAACUUUACCUAAGGUCAACAAAUAAUUUCCUCUCAGUCAAACUUAAUAAUAUGAAAAGGCUGUGUCUUGCAAACUUAUACAUGAAAGGACAUAUUUCUGCUUUGAGGAAUUCCCUGGCUCACAGCAGGCAUCAUUUAUUUCUUCAAUGAAACUGAAGAAUGCGUUCGGUAGCGCUUCUCAGCAGCUCUGCAGCCUGUGGAGAGUGUGGGUAGUCUGUAUUUAGCAUCCUGGAAAGUGUGUGUCCCCUUGAAGAAGUGAUCUGCUGAAAGUAAAUACUUACAAGACAGGCUGGAACAAUCCUUUUACACUGCUCUCAAAAUCUGAAAUACCUGGUUUCUGAUACUACGUGGAAUUUGCAUUUCUUUUGCUAAAGAAACGCUACCUGCUGCAGCUAUCCAGGGAAUCUCAAGGAGCAAGGGAACUGAAGAUGACUCUGCUUGCUUUUUAUUCAGCUUGGGUUGUUUUGCUGGAAUUGGCAGUGGCAUUUGGUCCUGUACCAAGAAUCACUUGGGAACACAGAGAGGUCCAACUAACACAUUUUCAUGAACCUGGAGUGUCAAACUAUUCAACCUUGCUGUUAGGUGAGGACAGAGGUGUUCUAUACGUAGGAGCCAGAGAAGUCAUCUUUGCAUUAAAUGCAAUGAAUAUUGCUGAAAAACAGCAUGAGUUGCAGUGGAAAGUCACUGAAGAUAAAAGGACCAAAUGUGCAGUCAAGGGCAAAUCAGAACAGACUGAGUGCCGUAACUAUGUGCGUGUCCUGCAACAGCUAAACGACACUUUUCUUUACGUAUGUGGUACUAAUGCAUUUCAGCCAACUUGCGAUUACCUGAAUUUAAUUUUGUUUGAGCUUGAAGGUAAGAAUGAAGAUGGUAAAGGCAGAUGCCCAUUUGAUCCUGCUCAAAGUUACACAUCUGUUAUGGUUGAUGAGGAGCUUUAUUCUGGGACUUCUUACAAUUUCUUGGGAAGUGAACCUAUUAUUUCAAGGAACUCUCAUCAGAGUCCUCUGAGAACAGAAUAUGCAAUACCUUGGCUUAAUGAGCCAAAUUUUGUUUUUGCUGAUGUUGUAAGAGCAGAUCAAAACAGCACAGAUGGAGAAGAUGACAAGAUAUACUUUUUUUUCACUGAGGUGUCUGUGGAAUAUGAGUUUGUUGGAAAACUUAUGAUUCCAAGAAUAGCUAGAGUAUGCAAGAGGGACCAAGGAGGAUUAAGGACUUUGCAGAAAAAAUGGACUUCUUUUCUCAAGGCCAGAUUGAUAUGUACCAUUCCUGAUAAGAAUUUAAUUUUCAAUAUUAUCAAUGAUGUUUUUAUUCUGAAGUCUCCAACCUUGAAGGAACCAGUGAUAUAUGGAGUCUUUACCCCACAGCUGAAUAAUGUGGGACUGUCAGCUGUGUGUGCCUACAAUUUGUCUACUGUAGAAGAAGUUUUCUCAAAAGGAAAGUAUAUGCAGAGUGCUACAGUAGAACAGUCCCAUACCAAGUGGGUACGGUACAAUGGGGAGAUUCCUAACCCUCGACCUGGUGCAUGUAUAAACAGUGAAGCCAGAGCUCUGAACUACAUGACUUCACUGAAUUUACCAGACAAAACGCUGCAGUUUGUUAAAGACCAUCCGCUAAUGGAUGAUUCAGUGACUCCAGUGGGAGACAGACCACGCCUUGUAAAGCGAGAUGUGAAAUACACCCAGAUUGUAGUAGACAGAGUCAGAGCACUCAAUGGUACAAUGUAUGAUGUUAUGUUCAUCAGUACAGAUCAAGGGGCCCUGCACAAAGCUAUCAGCUAUGAAAAUGGAAUGCAUAUUAUUGAAGAAACACAGCUUUUCCCAAACUUUGAGCCAGUUCAAACACUCAUACUUUCAUCCAAAAAAAGCAGAAGAUACCUCUACGCUGGUUCAAAUUCUGGUGUGGUUCAAUCUCCUGUGGCAUUCUGUGAGAUGUACACCACUUGUUUUGACUGCGUUUUAGCAAGGGAUCCUUACUGUGCUUGGAAACCUCUUGAGGGUUCUUGCGUUGAUAUUUUUCAAGAAAGUGAAACUGAAAGGAAUUGGAUUCAGAACAUAGGUGGAGAUGCAUCUUCUUGUUCUGAUAAAGUAAGAGAGAAUUCGCUACAGCAUACAUUCAAGCAUGGGAGCACAGCAGAGCUCAAGUGUUCUCAGAAGUCCAAUCUGGCACAGGUAGUUUGGAAAUUCAGGGAUGACGUACUGAGGGUGGAGAGUCCCAAAUACCGUCUACUGGAAAAGGCACUGCUCAUCUUCAAUUUAUCAGAAGGAGACAGUGGUGUUUACCAGUGUCUGUCAGAAGAAAAAGUGAAGAAUAAGAAAUUCUCUCAGGUGUUGGCUAAGCAUGUUUUGGAACUGAAGAAAGUCCAGCAUACUACAGCAAGCCCAGUUGUGGCAGCUGCACCAAUAGAAGGUAAUAGCGAUGUACCAAAAGUGUCAGCUGUAUCAACUGAGGGCUCUACUGCUCAAACCUCAACCACUCAGAUUGUACCGGUAACAACUGCGAGGAUAAUAACAAAACCCAUUGGCCCUGUCCUAACAAGUGCAACCUCCAACAUAGAGCUUUUCAAUUCACUUCCUGACACAGUCCCUGAAAAGACAAUGUUUCUGAAGUCAAACGAUAACUUCCUGUUGAUGUUCCUGUUCCUCUUCUUUUUUAUUCUCUUCUUGUGCCUGCUUUCCUACAAUUGUUACAAAGGGUAUUUGCCAGGGCAGUGCUUGAAAUUUCGCUCAGUCAUGUUGCUUGGCAAGAAAAAAACAAAGUCAGAUUUUUCUGAUUGUGAACAGAGCGUGAAAGAAACCCUGGUGGAGCAAGGCAGCGUCAGCCACCAGAGUGGGGAGCAGCCAAAGCCAGCGCAUGACACCGGCUAUGAGACGGAGCCGGACUGUGGGAAUGGACAGCUGCAGGACAGGGAUGCACAGAUGCCCAGGGAGGCCAAGGACAAACCUUUUGAUGUGAAGUGUGAGCUCAAGUAUGCUGACUCAGACGUGGAGGGAGACUGAAGGACAGCGUUGGUUCUGUGUUGGAAAUUAACUAUGGUACUACAGCUGUUUUUGAGCGCCGAGAACAUGGUUGUGACCACUGAGCCAUAGGCGAGCUUUAUGUGCUUCAGCUACACAGCAAGCCACUUCACAUUCACAUCACACCAGAUACAGAAGCAGUGUUCUUGUCUGCAGACCAUACCAUCUUGUAUUGUUCUAUCAGGUUUCUUUAAAUGGCCAGUUUCAGAUCCCCAUUUGUUUAUUCCUGGUUCUUACCCACACAUGGGGUACUUAAUGCUGGUGAACAGCUGCCCACUCCUUUUUGGCCAUUUUCUUCCUUAGGAUAAGAGUAACUAAUUUAGUUGGCUUUAAAAAGUACUUCAGUCUGCAAAUCUUUUAGCUGCCAUUAAAAAAAGUUCUAGUUUAAUUUGCAUUCCAAAUUGGAAAUUAAGUUUAGUUUAUCAGAUUGGUAAAUUAUAGACUAUUGUCCAAAUUGGGACAUUUUUUCUUUGCUUCUAGUGAUUAUUUUUCAUUUGACGCUUUGUGUUUUGGCACGCUAGAUUUCUUUAGUUGGUUAAAGUUAAUUAACUUUUAAGUAUCUUAGCUUUUAAAGAAUAUGGGGAUAUAUAGUUGGCUUGAUUUGUGUAAGAUUCUCAGGGAUAAUCUUGUUUAAAGGCUUUUUUUCUCGCUGCUUUCUAGAAGUUUAGAUAACAGUAUUGGUAUAAAACUUGUGGACUGGAGUAAGAAGGGAAAAGAACAAAUGAUAGAUUUAGAAACAUUUUAUUUUCCUUAACCAAGCUGGACGUAGUCACCUGUUGUUUUUUUUCUGUACACCAUUGGAUUUUUCCACUUUCUUUUGAUUAUUUUUUUUUAAUGAAACAGUACAGGCAAGCAGCUGUCACUUCGCGGUGACACUGAGAGAGGUUUUUUGCACUGUGAAAGCAAAAAAGGAAUUGAAAAUUCUCUGCAGUAACUCAUCUUGCAACUCACUGGAAUGGACUGUUAGGAUACAGCCUGAUAAGAAAACUUUGGGGAUGUUUUUUUUUCUUUUUUAUGAUUCAGAAGUAACUUCUUUUCCUGUGACACAUCUUUGCAGCGUCACCCUUUCUGGAUGACACCUUCUAAUCUCUUAUGCAACUGGAGACUGAAACUGGAGCUCCUCAAACAAUCAAUAAUUUGAACUGUUCAUUUGAAUCGUGUCUGCAAAAGUGAAAAUGUGCAUUUGUUUUAAGCCUGCUUCACAGCUGCACUGUUUGUCUCUAAAAGCAUUUAGUGUGGUACAGUUCCACAGAGAGUUGUCCCUCUCACUGCAUCUUUCUGUAAAUAUUCUAGGAGUGCAUCUUAACAGUAAAUAGCAGUGUACCUAGGCUGCUUCUCUAUGUUGAACUUUCAUGCAAACUAAUUUCAACCAUCUUAGUGUGAACAGUUUAUAUUUUAUAAGAUUCAGUUCGGUUUUAUUUUUCUAUUUUUAAUUAUGUACAUAUAACAGAAUAAAUAUUAAAAUGAAUUGUAUUACACUUUGACUUUUAUGAAAGUUGACAUAAUGGCAAUCCUUUACAUACUGCAAAUGCUGAUGUUCCUUGUGGCUUCCUUUAAGGGGAAAAAAAAGAAAACUCUCACCAGUUUGGAGCGGGUUCUCUUCUCGGCUUUAUUUACUUGGGUUGUAAUCCUCUGGGGGAUAGGACGGAUGGACAAAGACGUGAGUGAAGGAGAAAAGUGUUUUGUCGUAGGCCUCUGGGGAUAUUUCCUUUUAUAACCCUUCUAAAAUUCAUUUGUCAUUUUGCAUUAUUUCUUCAAUGUGUGAUGUAUUUCUUGUAACUUUAUUCCUUAGUACCAUUUUUUUUUUCUUUCUUUUCUGUCCUCUUCUGUCACACAGCCUCAUCUCCUAUACCUUUCCCUCCUACUGGUACUUCCUUUUUGUCUUGUGUGGGAUGUGGUCCACCUCCUUCACCCACCAGUAUCGAGCCUGAUGUUUGGUCUAGCACAAACCCUCUAAAGGUCAUGUUGUUGCAGCCUUUCCUAAAUGACCAGGCACAGCAUGUUAGUGCUCGGGGAUCGUUCCACCUCUUCUGCCAAGCCACAGGUAAGUUGGAGGACCCCUGCGUGAACUAGCAUUUUCCUCACUAAAGGUUUGGAUAUGUGGCCAUGUACAGUGUAUGUUCUUUUCUGAUGCUUAAAAAAGAAAGAAAAAGACUAUUUGUGAAUGUAUUGUGAACAUGCUUUUGCUGCAAAUUGGGCACUGCAGACACUCUCCUGCAAAAUUCUGUCAUUUAGCAGCCUGUUUAAAUAUGCAAAGUCAGUUGACUUCAAUAGGCUCAUUUGGAUGCUGAAUGAUGCACUUGCAUGCAUAUGGAUGUGUAGUAGGUAAAUAUCUUCAUUGUUAGAUGUAUGCAAUUAAAAAAAAUACCAUUGGAUUUGGAUUUUGCUCUUAUUUUGGACCUGGUCGGUUAUCCCUUAUUACUUAUUUCAGAUGAUAAAGUAUGUACUGUAAUGGUAAUUCCAUUCUCUGAGGAAUAUAUUGUCUGUGAUCGAUGGGAGCAAGUCAAAGCUAUUUUUUUUCUGUAGAAAUUAUACAUUUGUCAUUCAGUUUUUGUUUGGACAGCAUUUGCCUGGUUAAGUGAGAAUUAAUGCAUCUAGACAGGUCUUAAAAUGUAAUUUCUGUCCUUUAAAAAUUAGAGAUUAAUUUUGAAGUAGGAUUGUUUUUUACUGGUAUGUCUGUGAUUGUUAAAUGUUACAUGGAAUCAGGUCAAAAUGCAGCUAUCUUCAUUAAAGCAGGUCUUACCAAAGACAUGAUUUGUAUUUUCAUGGCUAGAAACUAGCUGUGGGGUCUAGGUGGGUAGGAAUAAUUUUUUCACUGCUGCUGGUGACACUGAUACCUUUUACUGUCCACCAUGGAAAAAAAAUCACAGAAUAAUGGUGUAAAUACUGCAAAAGAUUCAAGCAAUUUGGUAACCAGGCAAACACUGCAGUGUCUGGGGCACGGGAGGAGCAGUGAGCUGAUGAUGUGCUCAGCUGCACUGAAUUCAGGUGUGGUGGAGUGUGGGUAGUUCCUAGUUUGGUUCUGUUUCAAGCUUCAUUAACACAGGCACCACCAUCGUCCAAUGCAGAAUAUCCUUGGACUUGUUACAGACAACCCAUAUCCUACCAUAUCCUGAGUGUGCUGAGCAACAGUUUGAGUGCAUUUGCAAAUGACCAGUGUGCAACAUUGUGUUUUUGUUGUUUUUGCAGAUAGAUAAGAUAGAUCCUGUCCACUCUAUGCUGUCCAGAAACCUGACUCCUCCCCUUAGCUGUUAGAAGCUUUUCUUAUCUGUUCUGUAGCUUUUUGGUCUCAUUAAAACUAACCCUCAUAUGUGAAAAUAA